GUUGGAAAAGUUAGUUCAGGGAUAUAGCAAUAGUAAUAAUGAUGUUGACAGUAGUGAGUAGUGUAUUGUCAUUUACAAUGUGUGUUUAAAAGGCGUUACAGUCUGAUUAUUGUUUGAUUGUUGAAUUCUUUGUUCACUGUUUUCAAGUAACAAUCCCAUACAUAAAUCGCAUAUCCAGUGCGUUUUACAUUAUGUUUGCAUGUAAUGUUCAGUGUCUGUGUAUAUAAUUCGUUCAAUAUUAUGCAUUACCUAGUAGCCGAAAUAUCUUCAAAUGUUAUAUUUCUGAAUGUUUACUUUUUUAAGUCGGUCUCAAAUUAUUUCGCAGGAAACAGACCAAGAGGAAAUAAAUAAUCCGCCGGUCCUUCCGGGAAGAAUCGGUGUUAAUUACACCGAACAUGAAAUUCUCGCUGGCAAUUCAAGUGAAUACAUUGAUUGGAAUAAUCCGGAUUCAAUUGAAAUGCAAGAGUCACAUAAUAACUCAGAAGAAGUGAAUAUUGACCAAAGCGUCGAUACGGCAGACACUUCUUCGGAAAACAGAAUCAUCAGUCUCAAUGACCUGUCUGCAGGACCUAACGUAUCGCCUGUUAUUGAUGACAACAACAUGGGCACUGAGAAUGUACCAUCGUUCGACAGGACGGAAGAAACAACAGAUUCUGCAAUAGAAGAACGUGUAAUUGAUGAUAGGAGAAAUACGCAUUUGCCUUAUGCGAGGAUUAUUUCGGAACGUGUUUUCGGGGAAAUUACAGAAGCACUGUUGAGUAAAUAAGUGUCAGACACCAACUUGUCUCUUGUAAAACAUUAAGUAGAAAGGCAAUAUCAACACAUCUACCGUACUCAGGCUUGAAGUCCAUCAGCUGCCUUGUUGUGUCAAACUUUAGCAUUUGUGACGAAUAUUUUGACAGAUAUUGAAAAACUUCACUCUCAAUGUUGCUAUAAAGAUUUAAUUUUAAGGCAUCAAUGUUAGAAGUCCUAGUUUACUUUAUUAAAGUUGUUCAAUGAAGAUCGUCACCAUCCUUUUUACCAGCUCAUUUUGUUUCAUUACAGUAUCUAAUGCAAUCCUAUUAUGUAAAAGCUCUAAACCGGAAUUAACCUGUCUGUCUGUCU